AUGAUGGAUCAAAUGAUCGCGGGCGUCAUGGCCAAUGAUGAGGUUGCUCGUCGAGCCGGUCUUGACGAUGUAGCACCGCCGGCCAUAUCCUUACAGGAUGUGGCUGACUUCUACACCUGUGGUCCGGUGAACGAAAGGAAGACUCUCGCACUGAGUCUCUCCAAAAUCGUGUGCUCGAGUGGUAAAGGAAGCACGCUCCAAACUCACUCGGCCGAGCUUUCGGAAGCUUGA